CAGACUGGAGAAAUGUCUCAUAGAACAUUGCACCAACACAGGAUGUCAGCUCGCUCAGUGUUUGACGGUGCGCCUUUCUCUUCUACUGAGAUGAAGUUUAUAGAGGACUUCAAGCGAGACGCGCACCCUGAUAAAGUAAAUCUCGCAGUGAGGGAAUAUGUUGGAGAGCAAGGACAAACCGCAUGGCUUCCUCUGAUUCGAAAAAUCAAGCAACAGAUUGCCACAGACCCGACUCUUACCCCAGAGUACCCACCUAUUCUUGGUCUUCCAGAAUUUACCACAAGGGUGACAGAACUUGCUUUGGGCAGCAACAGCCCUGCCAUUUUGGAAAGCAGGGUCUUCGGAGUCCAAACAGUAGGAUGUACUGGGGCAUUGCGUCUGGGUGCUGAGUUACUGAAAUCUUGGUACUGUUCAAGCUCUUCCUGGAGUGGGCCUGUCCUCCUCCCCUCUCCAUGUGAUGAGUCACUAGCAGGCCCCUUUAAGGCAGCUGGGAUCGAUGACGUGCAAAACUACCAUUACUGGGAUGCAGAAUCCCAUGGAGUGUGUGUGGAAAACAUUGUGCAUGACUUAGAAAACGCCCCAGAACAAAGUGUGGUGGUCCUGUUUGCCUCUGGUCACUGUCCCACUGGUGCCGACCUCUCUCAGGAAGAGUGGAAACGUGUAGCUGAGGUCAUGGUGAAGCGUCAGAUGUUUCCAUUCAUCUUGUUGCCUGCUCAGGGUUUGUGCAGUGGUUCUGUUGAGCAGGAUGCCUGGGCUUUGCGAUACUGUGUGUCUUUGGGACUUGAGUUGCUAUGCGCUCAAUCUUUUUCCCACAACUUUGGUCUCUAUGGUGAGGGAGUAGGCCAUCUUCUUUGUGUCAUAAAGCAGAACCUUCUGGCUGUACAAUCUCAAGCUGAGAAACUUGUUCAGACACUUUGGGCCUGCCCACCAAUGGAAGGUGCCAGAGUCGUUGCCACUGUACUAAGCAACCCUGCCCAUCUGGUGGAGUGGCAGGGAAGUAUGAAGACUAUGGCUGAAUGCUGCAUGCUAAAAAGGGAACGCUUGCGUGAAAGACUGAGGAUUUUGGGUAGUCCUGGUCCUUGGGAUCACAUUAUAAAGCCUGGAGGCCUUUAUUGCUGUAUUGGACUCACUGCUCAACAGGCUGAAUUUCUUCAGAGGAAACACAUCUAUUUGUUACCCAGUGGGUCUCUGAAUGUUAGUGCCAUUAACAGCCGUAAUCUGGACCUUGUUGCUGAAUCCAUCCACCAAGCCUUGACCUCUCCCCUCUGACCCUGUGUUAAAAUCAUACUGAAGCUUUAAUAAACUCAUCUUAUUCAAUAGAUAGAUAUUAUAUAUUCAAACAGAGUACCAAGGACACUAAACCAUUUGCACUUUGAAUUUGUUUGGCUCAUAUAGACAGAUGUUCUCUGUAGUUUGCACUUGGCGAAGGUAUAGCCAAAUUGCCAAAAUACAGCACUUAAUCUAUAAUUAAAUCCAUAAUUCAUUGACAGAAUGGCAAUAACCUUUGCUGCCUCUCUGUUUGCUUGUUGUCUUUGGAAAAAUAAAAUGCAAAGAGCCAUGUCAGUGCCAGUGGGGUGUUUUAAGUGCAAGUGUUCAGAAUAGAUUAGGUGAAGUGGUGCAUUUUAUAAUAGAUAUUGGUACUUUUAAGGACAUUUUAAUCAAUUAGUACUGUAUCUGAAUAAUCUGUGAUAUUUUUGAUUGGGCUAAAAAGAGUAACCCACAAUAGAAAAUAAAAGUACAU